GGCACCCGGGAGGUUGUGGAGAGCGCGGGCUCUAGGCCGGCCGCGGCGCUCUCGGAGCGCUGAGCCGUGUCUGGCGACCCGAAGUGCCGAGCUCAGUGCGUCGAGCCGGCGGCGCGAGGCCGCGGAGCAGCUAUGGCAGAGGCCGUGCAGUCGCACCUGUCGCCGCCGUCGGGGCUGCUGGAGUUGUGCGCGUUGUUGGGGCCCCCGCGGGACAGUCUCCGCGGCCCGGAGCUGGUGGCUCUGAGGAAGGGGGUCAGAGCCGCGUCUCCCCUGGAACCUGAGGUGCUGUCCGUGUUUGUGCCUCCUUUCGUCAGCACAGAGGAUGGGCCUGGAGCUGCCAGCCAGGGUGGGAGCCUGAGCAAGUCUAGGAGGCGUUCCUUCCGGAAAAAGAGGGAAAAGCCCAAAGGCGAGGCCUGGAAGAGUCCCCCGCCCCCGCCCAAGGUGCCAGACCUGGAAGACAUCAGUAUCCCCGAUGGGGUGGACCUUCUGACACUUCCUCAACUGUGCUUCCCAGGGUGUGUGUGUAUAACCUCAGAGCCACAGGAGGACCGCAUCCAUUUCCUGGUACUGACCGACGUCUGUGGGAACAGAACCUAUGGCAUCGUUGCCCAGUACUCCCGCAGCCUGCAUGACGAGUCUUGCUUCUACAACGGCAAUGCCCACUGGGAGUCCUCGGGGCUGAGUGCCAGCUCCACCGGCUGCUACGUGCCCUUUGCGGUGUGUGUGGUUUCCAGACUGCCCUACUACAAUGCCCUCAAGGACUGCCUCUCCUGCUUAUUGACUCACCUGAAGUUUUGUAAAGAUUUUGAAGUUGACAAUCAAAUAAAAGAGUUUGCUGCAAAGCUAUCUUUGAUACCCAACCCACCACCUGGACCUCUCCAUUUGAUAUUUAACAUGAAGCCACUACAGAUUGUAUUUCCCUCCCGAGCGGACCCUGAAAGCCCCGUCAUCGACCUGGACCUCCACCUGCCCUUCCUGUGCUUCAGAGCCGAGAAGGUUCUGCAAAUCCUCACGUGCCUCCUGACAGAGCAGCGGAUCGUGUUCUUCUCCUCCAACUGGGCCCUGCUGACGCUGGUGACCGAGUGCUUCCUGGCCUACCUGCACCCCCUGCAGUGGCAGCACACCUUUGUGCCCGUGCUCUCGGGACAGAUGCUGGACUUCGUCAUGGCUCCCACUUCGUUCCUCAUGGGUUGCCACCUCCACCAUUUUGAGGAAGUCAGCAAGGAAGCUGAUGGGUUGGUUUUAAUCAAUAUCGACAAUGGAAGCAUCACACACUCUAAUGACAAUGAGACUGAUGUUCCUGACACCCCUCUGCUGGCGGCACAGACCUUCAUUCAGAGGGUGCAGAACCUUCAGCUGCAUCACGAACUGGAUGUGGCCCACCUGGGUGCCAGCACAGACCUGAACGAGGGCCGCACCCGCAGGCGGGUCUGGCAGCAGAGACUCAACUGCCAGAUUCAACACAUCAGCUUGCAGCUGCUCGUCAACAUCUUCAGGGAGGUAAAGAAUCACUUGAAUUAUGAACACAGAGUGUUUAAUAGUGAAGAGUUUCUCAAAAGCAGAGCCCCGGGGGACCAGCAGUUUUAUAAACAGAUAUUGGACACCUACAUGUUCCACUCCUUCCUUAAAGCCCGGCUCAGCAGAAAGAUGGAUGCCUUUGCCCAGAUGGAUCUCAGCACGCAGUCCAGAGAGGACAGAAUCAACGGUAUGCUCAUAAGCCCCAGAAGACCGACGAUUGAGAAGAUGGCCUCCCGCAAAGCCUCCCCGCUGCAGGGCGUCCACCGGCGCAUGGUGGUCAGCAUGCCCAACCUGCAGGACCUCCCCAUCCCCGAGCUGCCACCACGGAAUGCAUCUCUGCGCAAGAUCGACACCACGGAGUGUGGGAGCAGCAUGGUCCUGGAUGUGAUCCCAAAGUCGACAUAUACAUUCAAGAUCCCAGAAAUCCACUUUCCCCUGAUGAGCCAGUGCAUCCAGGCCUACUAUGCCGACUUUGUGGCUCUGCUGAGCAAAGCUAUGGGCUUCCUGGCCCCCGACAACUCUGUGCUCCUGGCCAGGUACUUCUACCUCCGGGGACUCGUGCACCUAAGGCAGGGCCAGCUACUGGCUGCCCUCCUGGACUUCCAGAAUCUCUAUAAGACAGACAUAGGGAUCUUCCCUACAGACCUGGUAAGAAGGACGGUGGAGUCCAUGUCAGCUCCCGAGCGCGCCCAGGCAGAGUGCACGCCCGAGCUGCGCAGGCUCAUCAGCCAGCUCACCGACAAGCCCAGGGAGGUCACUAAGGCCGACGACCACGUCAAGAACUUCGAGUUGCCCAAGAAGCACAUGCCGCUGGAUGACUUUGUGAGGAGGGUUCAGGAAUCAGGCAUCGUGAAGGACGCCAGCACCAUACACAGGCUGUUUGAGGCAUUCACUGUGGGACACCAGAAGCUGAUUGACCCAGAAACAUUCAAAGAUUUCUACACGUGCUGGAAGGAGACAGAGGCGGAGGCCCAGGAGGUCAGCCUGCCACCGUUGGUCAUGGAGCACCUGGAUAAGAACGAGUGUGUGUACAAGCUGUCAAGCUCCGUCAAGACCAACCGUGGUGUGGGCAAGAUCGCCAUGACCCAGAAGCGCCUGUUUCUCCUGACGGAAGGGCAGCCUGGCUACGUGGACAUCUCCACCUUCAGGGAUAUCGAGGAAGUCCGAAGCACCACGGUGGCCUUUCUGCUUCUGAGAAUCCCUACCCUGAAGAUCAAAGUGGCGGCGAGGAAGGAGGUCUUUGAAGCCAACCUCAAGACAGAGUGUGACCUGUGGCAUCUGAUGGUGAAGGAGAUGUGGGCUGGGAAGAAGCUCGCUGAUGACCACAAGGACCCUCAGUACGUCCAGCAGGCACUCACCCACGUCUUGCUGAUGGACGCUGUGGUCAGCACACUGCAAUCGCCUGGGGCUGUGUACGCCGCCUCCAAACUGUCCUACUUUGACAAGCUGAAGAACGAAAUGCCCAUGGCGGUGCCCAAGACCACCUCGGAAACACUGAAGCACAAGAUCAACCCCUCGGCGGGAGAGACGCUGCCCCAGGCUGUGGACGUGCUGCUGUACACACCAGGGCAUCUUGACCCAGCAGAAAAAGUCGAAGAUGCACAUCCCAAAUUAUGGUGUGCCCUCAGCGAAGGCAAAGUGAUUGUAUUUGAUGCUUCUUCCUGGACCAUCCACCAGCACUGCUUUAAAGUGGGCACCUCAAAAUUGAACUGCAUGGUGAUGGUGGAGCAGAACCAGGUGUGGGUAGGCUCCGAGGACUCUGUCAUCUACAUCAUCAACAUCCACAGCAUGUCCUGCAACAAGCAGCUCACGGAUCACAGGCACGGUGUCACAGAUCUGGUCGUGCAGGAUGGCAAGCAAACGCCCAGCGAGGUGUAUUCCUGCAGUGAGGAUGGGACGGUACUGGCAUGGAAUGUGCACACUCUGCGGGUGACCAGCCGCUUCCAGCUGCCCAGCGGGGGGCUGUCAUCCAUCAAGCUGUACAAUGGUCGGUUCUGGUGCUGCACGGGACAAAGCAUCCUGGUCACGACCAUGAAUGGGUUUGUCUGCCAAGAACUGAAGACCAAGGAGCUUUCCAAAGAGAUCAGCACGUCCUUCCUGGGGUUCCAGCUCCUCCCUGAGCAAGAGCAGCUUUGGGCUGCCUGCACAGGCUAUGCUAGCAUCUACAUCUGGAGCCUGAAGGACACGGACUGGGUGUGUGAGAGGAUCCCGCUCCAGGAGUGCUUUGAGAUCAAGUGCAUGAUCAGGGUGAAGAAGCAGAUCUGGGUGGGCGGCACAGGGCUGUCGCAAGGGAAGCCCAAGGGGAAAAUCUAUGUCAUUGAUGCUGAGAAGAAGAAGGUGGAGAAGGAGCUGGUGGCCCACACGGACAUGGUGAAGACAUUGUGCUCAGCCGAGGACAGAUACGUGCUGAGUGGCUCUGGGAGCGAGGAGGGGAAGAUCGCCAUCUGGAAAGUUGAGUGACCGUGGAUCCACGUGCCUUCUGGGACUGUGAUCCACGGGCCAGUCAGAACCAUGUGCCUCUUGUCUACUUUCUGGAGCUUCUGCAGAGAGGACUGGGCUGGGAGCCAGCCUGCGCCCCUGAGUGGGGCUGUCCAUUUUAAGAGGCCCUUGCGGCUCUCCAACCCUCAUUUCUGAGGCUAAUAACCAUGCACUUUCUGCCUUGGAAUUUCCUGAUGUAACUGCCACCAGUGUUCAGGGUCCAGUGCUUCUCAGGCAGGCAGGUCACCUUUCCUGUUUAGUAAUGACCUCUGCUGAGUUCUCCUGUGUGCUGUCUAGAAACUUCUAGAGUCUACCACUAGGGGCCAGCACCAGACCCAGCCAGAAGCGAUUUAGCCAAAUCACAGGUGACCUUCGGACCUCUGGUCUGAUCAUGCUUUUCCUCCACUUCAUUCAUUCAUUCAUUCAUUCAUUCAUUCAUUCAUUCAUUCAUUCAUUCAUUCAACAGUUACUAAGUGUGUUCCAGGUUUACCAAGCUCUCUCACCUCUCACUGACUUCUGUCUUCUUAAAGGGCCACUUUGUGCCUGGGACAGGUUUGUGCCUGUCCUACCUGUGCCCCAGCAGAGUAUGGGACCCAGGCCUGUCCAGAGAGGGGAAUGACACAUAAGGCCACCUGGACAGAAUACAGUUGAGGGAAGUUUUGCCUUUGGAACUAACACACAGUUUUAUUAUUAUCAUUAUUAUUAUUGAUUUAACAAUCAUCAAAAAGACCAUAGGAUAAAAGGGGAACAAUUCUACACAAUUCCCACCACCAGAGUUCCGCAUCCCAUCCCCUCCAUUGGAAGCCUUCCUAUUCUUUAUCCCUCUGGGAGCGUGAACCCAGGGGUUAAUGCACAAUUUUAAUAGUGAAGAAACCUGGACUGACUUGUUUUAUACCAAAGAACUUCACCAAAAGUCCAUAUGAAAUAGCAUGUGUGGGUGCUGGUAGAAAAGUCACGAUGCAUUUUUUUCUGUCUUUCUAUGCAAGAAUGUGUCAUGACUUUUUUUUUCCCAACAGCCCACACUGUCAUUUAGUUCUCUGAUAAAGUUGCUGCCACUCUCACUCCUGAGCAGAUGCUCCUGUACAAUUUAAUUUAUUCCCAUUUACCUCUGUGUGCACACCCUGUAAGUACAUGUAGAUGGUGCUGCUUUAUUUAAUGUAAGAUCUUUUUUUACCAAUACAGACUUGCAGGCAGUGGCUCUUUGCACAUUUUUUUUUUUUUUACUACAGUGUUGAGAUUUCAGCCUUUCCCUAACCAGCAAAGCAGGUGCAGUCAUGGUGGCUGGGCAUGAAAGGAGUGUCUGCUGUGGUCUGGCCACAGUGUGCUUCUGCCAAAAGUAUACUCCUGUGGGUCAGAAAUUCACAGAGACCCUAAUGCCAGGCAUGUGUAGCCAGAUAUGUUCACCUUAUCUACAAUAAAAAAAGGUUUGUUUUGGUUUAAUAAAUAUGGUCCUUGUGGUCCAGGAGGUGGCACAAUGGAUAAAGCACUGAACUCUCAAGCAUGAAGUCCCGAGUUCAACCCCCGGCAGCACAUGUACCAGGGUGAUGUCUGGUUCUUUCUCUCCUAUCAUUCUCAUUAAUAAGUAAAUAAAAUAUUAAAAAAAAUAAACAGCAUGGUCCAUUUUUCCUUUACCCAAACACUAAUUGGUAGGAGAGAGGUUUAAGGCCUUCAAUUCACUUUAUUAUUUUUUUCCUUUUUUCUUUAGUUUAUUUUACCUAAAAUAUAGUUGUCUUUUUGAUAACAAAUAAAUAUACUGCCAAUAUAGAGAACCUGGGG